AUGGUUCACAAAAUCCUUGACUACUUCCAGCUGAACAAGGUCCUUAACCAAAAAAUUGGCUUUGAACUACCAUUGGACCAUAAGGAUGCCAAAUCGCGCAAGAUCCAAGUCGUGGUUACCAUUUCUCAAAAAUACGAUCGAACCAAGCACGCCAAUUUGGAUGGGUUUGAGAAAGUCGUCUUGCCUGAGUCACCCAAUUUAAUACUUUAUUUACAAGGAGGGCCAGGGUUUGGUUGUUCUGUCCCCACCAGCUACACGGGGAUAACCAAAGUGUUGUUGGAUGAAGGAUAUCAAAUCGUGUGGAUGGAUCAAAGAGGCACAGGCGGCAGCACCCCUAUUGAUUACAAGACAUUGAGUGAAAGUCUAUCCACUAAAUCUUCGGUUGAUGAUCAAUUGGAAACAAUUUUGAACUUUCGUGCGGACUCAAUUGUGAAGGAUGCAGAAUUGAUUCGUAGGGAGUUGAUUGGUGAUGACGUCAAAUGGUCUUCAUUGGGUCAAUCGUAUGGCGGAUUUUGCAGCUUUACUUACUUGUCACUUUAUCCUGACUCCUUGAAGCACGUGUUUGUUACAGGUGGUGUACCGCCAAUUGGAUUUGACGUUGAUGCUGUGUACACACAAACUUACAAACGUACAAAGGAGAGGAAUGCGCAUUACUAUAGUAAAUAUUCCCAGGAUGUUGCUCGUGUGGUGGAAAUAUGUCAAUACUUGAAGUCAAAUGAGACGAUCUUACCGGAUGGAGGCAGAUUAUCAGUCGAACGGUUUCAACAAUUGGGUCUCAAUUUUGGAGGUUUUGGUGGCACUGACGAAGUCCAUAAAAUUGUGACAUCUUUUUGGCAAGAUUUGCAAACGUUCAAGUACCCAACUGUGUACACACUAACAUUGGUACAGAAUGCCAUGUCGUUUGAUACCAAUGUCAUUUAUGCUCUUUUUCAAGAAGCGAUCUACUGCAGUGGGAAAACUAAGAGCAACUGGAGUGCAGACAGGUUGAGAUAUGCUCCUGGUAAUGAAAAGUUUCAACUCAACGAUAAAGAGAUUUAUUUCACUGGUGAAAUGGUUUUCAAAAGCAUGUAUGAAGAUUAUGCUCAACUUAGACAAUUCAAAACUUUAGCUUACGCAUUGCAUGAAAAAGACUCUUGGAGCACAUUGUACGAUGUCAACAAGUUGCAAAAAAUUACCUGGAAGGAUGUGCCUAUAGUUGCCACAACGUACUAUGCCGAUCAAUAUGUUGAUUUUGAAUUGACAAGAAACGUUAAGCAACAAUACCUCCCAUCUUGUAACUUACGUCAAUACAUUACAAACGAUUUGUUUCAUAAUGGGUUACGAAUCGAUCCAGAAAAAGUUCUUGGAUCAAUGUUUAAAUUAUUAGAUAACGACUUCGAUUAA